GACGGUGCGGCUGACGCAGCUCUGGGUGGGGUGGCAAGCAGGGGGCGGUAGUCGGGCGGCGGGAGAAGGAGGCAGCGGCGAAUCACUUAUAAAUGAUGCCCAAGCAGGACCCGAAGCCUAAAUUCCAGGAGGGUGAGCAAGUGCUGUGUUUUCAUGGGCCUCUUCUUUAUGAAGCAAAGUGUGUAAAGGUUGCCAUAAAGGACAAACAAGUGAAAUACUUUAUACAUUACAGUGGUUGGAAUAAAAAUUGGGAUGAAUGGGUUCCAGAAAGCAGAGUGCUCAAAUAUGUAGACACCAAUCUGCAGAAACAGCGAGAACUUCAAAAAGCUAAUCAGGAGCAGUAUGCAGAGGGGAAGAUGAGAGGGGCUGCCCCAGGGAAGAAGACAUCUGGGCUCCAACAGAAAAACGUCGAAGUGAAAACAAAAAAGAACAAACAGAAAGCUCCUGGGAAUGGAGAUGGAGGCAGUACCAGUGAGACACCUCAGCCUCCUCAGAAGAAAAGAGCUCAAGUAGAUCCCACAGUUGAAAAUGAGGAGACUUUCAUGAACGGAGUUGAAGUUAAAGUAAAAAUUCCUGAAGAACUGAAACCAUGGCUGGUUGAUGACUGGGACUUAAUUACUGGACAGAAACAGCUUUUCUAUCUCCCUGCCAAAAAGAAUGUGGAUUCCAUUCUAGAGGAUUAUGCAAAUUAUAAGAAAUUUCGUGGAAACACAGAUAAUAAAGAGUAUGCUGUCAACGAAGUUGUGGCAGGGAUCAAAGAGCACUUCAAUGUGAUGCUGGGCACUCAGCUCCUGUACAAGUUUGAGAGACCACAGUAUGCUGAGAUCUUGGCAGACCACCCUGAUUCCCCCAUGUCCCAGGUGUAUGGGGCACCGCACCUGCUGAGAUUGUUUGUAAGAAUUGGAGCAAUGUUGGCCUAUACGCCUCUGGAUGAGAAGAGCCUUGCUUUAUUACUGAAUUACCUUCAUGAUUUUCUAAAGUACUUGGCAAAGAAUUCCGCAACUCUGUUUAGUGCCAGCAAUUAUGAAGUGGCGCCUCCUGAGUACCACCGGAAAGCAGUGUGAGGGCCAGACACUCACGU